AUGGCCAUGGAAGCUCUCAAUUCCCCCACCGCCGCCGCCGGUCCCUUCAAUCGCGACGAUUCCUGGACCAAGAGGAAGCGCUCCAAGCGCCCCCGCGCCGAUUCUCCCGGUCCACCCACGGAGGAGGAGUACCUCGCCCUCUGCCUCCUCAUGCUCGCUCGCGGCGGCGGAGGCGGCGGCAAAACUGUCGAAUCCAGUCCCGUCGAUUCCCAGCCGUCGUCGGCUCCACCUGCUCAACCCACUCCAGGGCCGGCUCUGAAUCCGUCCUACAGUUGUUCCGUCUGCAACAAGGCCUUCCCGACCUUCCAAGCGCUCGGCGGUCACAAGGCCAGCCACAGGAAGUCGGUCGCCGCCGCCGCCUCCGUCGAAAAUCCUUCCACCUCGAACCCUUCCUCCGCCGCCACCACCGCCACCAUGAGCAGCGGAAGGACGCACGAGUGCUCCAUCUGCCACAAGACGUUCCCAUCCGGGCAGGCUCUCGGAGGCCACAAGCGCUGCCACUAUGAAGGCACCCUCAAAGACAACAACAACAACAACGGCGGUGGCGGCGGGGCUGCACGCGAGUCGUCGGAGAGCACCAUCGGGACGGCGGCGGCGGCGAAGAGCCAGAGCCAGAGCCAGAGUCAGAGUCAAAGCCGCGGCGGCGGUGGGUUUGGAUUUGACUUCGAUUUGAAUCUGCCGGCCAGCCCUGAGCUGGGAUUGGCCAUCGGCGGCGGCAGCAGCGCGGUUCAGGAAGCUUCCCGGAGGAUCGACGGAGUAGUAGAAAACGAAGAAGUGGAGAGUCCUCUGCCCGGGAAGAAGCCAAGAUUGUCGCUCGGCCUACAAGUCACCACCGACCUGGCUUCUAUCUAA